AUGCCCCAAAGGCCGUACAUUAUCCAGAUAAAUGAUGGUCCAGGGCCCAAGCCAAAGAAUGACUUGUGUCUUCAUUCGCUCAAUGUAGAGAAGGGAAGUCAAAGGUUCCCUGAGAGGGAUGGAGUUACUCCUCCUCAAGCCUUAUCAUGGAGGAACAAUCUUACAGCGCUGUCACAAAGGCGAAAUCUGCUUUUCGUAGCAUACAGCCAUCAGAUCUAUGUGUGGGAGCCGGCUGGUCCGCGACAGGUCCUCGGCAGAAAGCCAGUCAUGAUCAUAACGCCUGUGAUGAGAGUGCCCGACGCAGAAGGAUAUAUUUCCAGGAGAUGCCCACACGGAAUCAACAAUAUCCUCGUUGAUGACCUCGGCCGAGACGAAAUCUUACUUCUAGCUACGGACUCUGGAAACGUUUGUGGCUACCACGUCGAAAACGUAUUUUCGUACAUUGAAUCUGCCAGAUUACGCGGCGAGAAAGACACAAUAUUGGAUCCCCGAAUAGACCCGUUCUUCUGUGAGAAUGUUGGUUUGAGCGCAUGGGGCCUGGCCGUCCACAAAUUUGCGCGGUUGAUAGCUGUCAGCGCGAAUACUGGAACAAUUACUGUGUUCGCGUUUGCGCUUGCAGAGACGGAUGCUGAACUUGAUGCUGAUUCAGGAGGUUUCUGGGCAGAUUUUCCAGUGAGCUUUGAGCAGAACUGGAUGCAUAUCAGAUAUGUAUGGGAGUUUGCGGCAUUACACGAAUUAUAUCUCGCGAACCUUCAUCGCUCACGGAACGUGAAAAUAUCAUUUCAGGGACAUGACACGAAUAUCCCCUCGGUGUCGUUCCUCAGUAGCGAUCUUGAUCCUGACGGAAUGUGGAUGGUCAGCACGGAUAUCGAGAACAAAGUGUUCAUUUGGGCAAUUUGGGACCAUUUACACGCAGUUAGAGUGCUUGGUUUUGGAGAUGGUGCUCCAUCGCCAGGUAUACUGCGAGACGACGAACGUGGAUGGAGUGUACUAGCCCUAGAUCCGCGAAGCUUUCGUAUGCAUCAAUCAUAUUUUGAGGCAUGUGGUGGCAAGGUUCUCCUUCGAUCCUCUCAGCCCAGUAAUGCUGUUUUGGAUGUUACGAAUCUUACCCAAGAGAUCCCGGAUGCAUCCUCUGUGUUCAAUUCUGUCAUUCUUACUGGUGAUGAUAGCCCUGAGGAGCCAGUACUUCCGAAUAUUUUCGACAGACAUUCCCGGAUCAGGUCAGACAGUUCUUCAACCAAUAGUAAAGAAAGUUUAUCGCCAACCACUUCUGUCAUGGAGCAAUCUAGUGACAUCAAGGAGCUCUCGGAUUCAAUUACCCAAAACCAGAGCACGACAGAGAAUACUGCUUCGCAUUCUCCGCGACAAGGCGAGUGGCAUCCUGCCAAUGAGCAUAUCGCAUCUUUCCUGCGUUCGAUUAUGGAUGGGACAUUACCUCAAGAUUACACCAACGAUGAGGAUGACAAUAUGACCUCAUCUGAUAGCGACAGUGAGAAUAGUUUAGAUGAAGGGGAUAUAGACAUCGGCCUAGAAACAACUUCUCAAAACACCUUGAACCCACGCGAUCCGAACGACUUACGUCCGUUACUCAACUUGGACUUUAUCGACACGGACGUGUCUCCACGCAACCCGUAUGCUUCCUCCAAACACAUAUGCUCGGAAUUUCCAAUCCUGCACUUUUCCGAAACAGACAUUCGUCUUUUAGAAGGUCCGUUUGUGGACCAUCCUUCUGUCGUAUCCGGUGGGCCUCUGCGACAACAGCUCCCUCCCACGUUCUGGUCCCUGGAGUCAUAUGACAGGUUCAAUAUGGUGAAGUACCUGCCCGAAGCUGGCAUUGUUAUUGCUGCGACUCAAAAGGGCCGGGCAGCGGUUAUCACGCUGACACAGGUUGCCAACCGGAAUUAUGCGCUUCGCAUCAACUGGAUGAUCCCUUUCGCUUCUCAAGAACAACGCGCUGAACGUCCUCUGGCAGGACUAUUGGGUCUGGCUGUUAGUCCGAUGCAAGGUUUUGAGAGACAGCCAGAUGUAGUCCACGUGCCGCGCGGUGUUACCAGUCAUGAUAAUUUUUCAUUUCAUUAUCGAGCACACGAAUCUGAGUCCAGUAAUGCUGACCAGAACUGGGAAUGGCAGUAUGACAGCGAAACAGACUCAAACGAGAGUGGUGAAGACAGCUCCUCUUCGUCUGAAUCUGCCCAAGAACUCACAUUUGCCGAGAGCCAUGGCACAGCGAACUGGAACCAUAUGCCUCGGGAAUCAUGGCACGGCGUCAUGCCAUCUCGGCACUAUCGUGUUAUGCUCACAUAUGCUGACCACACGGUUAUGAGCUAUGAAUUUUGGUACGAUUGGGCUGAUAUUGCCGUCGGUGACUCAUCCAUCGCCUGUGAGGAGGAAGAGGAAGAGCAAGAGCAAGAUUACGAACAAAUGCUAGGAGGGCGACUUGAAAGUAAUCGCCAAGACCAUCUCUUAUUAUAA